AUGGUUGUCCUCUUUGACCAAACAAUACGUGUUCAACGACAUGAAGUCGAUGCUGGGCCAUCAACAUCAGUUCUGGCUCAGAAAACGUACAAUAUACGAGUAGAAACAGUGGAAGGACAGCGAGAAUCAGUAAGAAAUUGUUUUCUGAAUAACCUCUUAUUCUGGAUUUAUGUUUUAUGACAUGUUUCCCCAGUCCAUUUUGAAGUAUUGUGUUUCCAGAUGUUGUCGGUAGAAUUGUCAGACCCUACAGAUGACUCGUUUCUCUGCAAACGACGAAUAUCUUCUGUUGAUUUUACCCAAAUGAAGUCUGAACAAGGUUUAGACAAGAAUCUGAAGUUUGAUGGGUUUGGGAGUGUAGUGAUCGACCUUUUGAAUGAAGUUACUAGCUUUGAUGUUAUUUUGGAACUCACCCAAUGUUCAGCUAAUACAGAUGUAAAAUAUUGUCGACUCGACUUUAUACGAAAGGUGAGUGUUGAAGAACGUAUAUGCUCCAAUAAGUUUUUAGUUUCAUAAGGUCUUUUUUAUACUUUUUUAGGUAGCAUGUAGACGAGUAACAGACCUAGCUUUAAAGCUGCCCAUUGUUACAGGAUCCGAACUGACAGAACACCUAUUGGAACUGGUACAAAAGUACAAGGUAAUUGAUUAUUUAUUUUUUUAUCUUAUAUUUAGGACAAAUAUCAAGAGUCGAAGCAGCUCAACUACAGUUUGGAGCAGUACAAGAAGAAGUUCGAGGAUACAAGUGAGGAGUUGGCAAAGCUAGAGGAACGCAAUCAAGAGCUGGAGAUCGAGAACUCUGAUUUGAGGACUCGAGCUGAGGUAACGAUUUAAAAUUUGGUGUUGAAUUGUAGUUUAGUCACAACUUUAUUUUGUGAUAAAUCUUUAUAUAAAUAAUAUUUCAUAUUUUGCUUCACGGAUACUUAAAGUUACUGAUGAUUUUUGCCUUAUUUCAGAUAGCUGAGACUCAAAAAAGCAAAAUAUCAGAAGACCUGGAUGCCAAAGAAGAAGAAUACGAGUUUGUGAAAGAAGAUAACGAGGCUUUACAAGAUGAGGUAAGUAAAUGCUGAAUUCUUGUACAGCAUUGCAAUGAUGUAGGAUAAAUUACUGAGUUCCAACAUUUUUUUUUUAUGCCAAAUACAUAUUUUAUGGUUUAUUGCACUUUUAGAUAUCAGCACUCGAGCUUGAAGCUGAACAACUAAAAAAAGAUUUGGACGAAAGUAAUUACGUAGCGUCACAUUUGAAAGAUGAACUUAACACAGCCAGGAGAAUGAUAAAACAGUUUCAUGAAAUUGUAAGUACAAUUAUUAAUUUGACAUUUUAUUUUUUAUUUAAAGAUGAUAACUUAUGUCUAAUAACGAUGCAUUCGAAAUAUACUUUAGAAGAAAAAAAUAUAUUUUAGAACAAAGAAAACACAGCACGGUUGGAACGACGGAUAGAAGAGAACAAUGUUCUUCGAAGAACAGUAUCAGAAAAAGAAAAGGAAUUAGCAAGGUUACAAAAAGAGAAUCAGGAUCUUAAACAGGAGAACGAGGACUACAGUGUACGAACACGACAGGCUGAAGCUGCCUUAGGCUUACAAGAUGAGCCUGUGAAGAAAAAGGAAGAGGUCAAGAAUGAUAAGGAGAAUAAAAACGAUGCAGCUUCUAAACUGAAGCCUUUGCCAAAGUUCAAACCUAUAUUGCAUGUAAGUUAAGGUCAUUUGCUUUUACGUUUUACAGUUAUUUGAGGGUUAACAUAUGAUUCCUUAUUUGACUUUUUAUAAACGAACUAUUCCAGUCAGACUCGCCAAAGCCUACCAGAUUGGGUCAAAUAGCGAGGAACUCUGCCACUUUACACAACAAAAAGACUUCUGCAAAGUCAUGA